AUGAAGUUGAGCUCCUGCUUGCCGUCGCUCUCCCUCCCAUCCCCCGUAUCCUCUUUCGCCCUCCUCGCCGUCGCCUCUCCCCCUUCCCGCCGUCGCCUCUCCUCCUCCCCGCCGUCGCCUCUCCUCCUUCCCGCCGUCGUCGCCUCCCCCUCCUCCCCGCCGUCGCCUCCCCUCCUUCCCGCCGUCGCCUCUCCUCCCCCCGUCGUCGCCUCCCCCUCCUCCCCGCCGUCGCCUCCCCCUCCUCCCCGCCGUCGCCUCACCCUCCUCCCCGCCGUCGCCUCCCCCUCCUCCCCGCCGUCGCCUCACCCUCCUCCCCGCCGUCGCCUCCCCCUCCUCCCCGCCGUCGCCUCCCCCUCCUCCCCGCCGUCGCCUCCCCCUCCUCCCCGCCGUCGCCUCCCCCUCCUCCCCGCCGUCGCCUCCUCCUCCUCCCCGCCGUCGCCUCCCCCUCCUCCCCGCCGUCGCCUCACCCUCCUCCUUGCCGUCGCGUCACCCUCCUCCCCGCCGUCGCGUCACCCUCCUCCCCGCCGUCGCCUCACCCUCCUCCCCACCGUCGCCUCCUCCUCCUCCCCGCCGUCGCCUCCCCUCCUCCUCCCCGCCGUCGCCUCACCCUCCUCCCCGCCGUCGCGUCACCCUCCUCCCCGCCGUCGCCUCCGGCGACAGGUGCGUUCCCGGUCCUUUCAUUCUCCCUUCCCCCUCUGA